AAUCUUCUGAAGUAGCUUGAGGGAAGGAAGGCAUUCAAAGUUUAAGAAUUUUCAGACAUAAUGGGUCGGGGAAAGCUGAGUAUGGAACUGAUAAAGAAUGAGAAAACUCGAGUUCUGACUUUUAGGAAGAGACUGAAGGGACUGAUGAAGAAAGCUCAUGAAUUUACCACUCUUUGUGGCGUUAAGACCUGCAUGAUCAUCUACGGGCCGCCCAAACUCAAGGGCACACCGGCAACGGUCGAUAUUUGGCCGUCCGAUUCUGCUCAAGUCAAGGCUGUUAUUCACCAGUACAAGGAGGCGGUGGCAUUGUCUGAUUCCAGAGGGAAGAAACCCUUCAACUUGGUUGACUUUUUCGCAGUGCGCCGGAGGAUGAUCAACGACGAGAUUUCCAAGCUGCGGAAGGUUAGCUUGGAGGCCAAGUAUCCAAUUAAGGAUGAUCUGAUUAAGAAUCUAUCAAUGAAUCAAGUUAGGCUUCUGAGUUCUAAAUUUGAUUUGAAGAUUGAGGCGGCCAAGAGGAAACUGAAGACGAUGAAGAGGGAUCGAUAUUUGAUGGAAAUAGAAGAUCCCAAAUCAGGAAUUAUACCAAAUUUCUCUAAUUUUCAGGGGAAUUUGGAUUUUGAAGUUGCAAAACCAGAAUUCAACACCCAAUUGACUCCAUACCAGCCCUAUGAUGAAUCCCUCCAAAUUCAACCAUUCGGGUAUGAUGUCAACUCGGUGGAGCAUCCGAUGAUGACGCUGCUGAUGAACGGUGAGCUAGCUCCCGGAAUGUCCAGCAGCAGCGGCAGCAACAACAAUUUCACGCAGAAUGGACUAAUUCCAUUCUCUACUCCUAGCCAUUAUCAAGAUCCACCAUCGGCAGCCGCCAUGCUAGAUAGCAAUGCGGCGUUAAAUAAUAGUUGGGCAGUUCCUCUUCGAUUCAUUGGGCCUCCGAUGCAGCCAACGCCAGUGCAGUAUCAAGUAAUGGCCAGUUUGCCUUCUCAGUCGCACAUUCCUCACUUCGGGGACUAUUUUCGGGACAUGAAUGACUUUGCAACCAAGGACAAGCAACUCAGGUUUUAGUGUUCCAUUAUUUUCAAUUAACGGUAGUUGAAGUCAACUUCUGAAUUUGAACUGCUUAAUUACAUUUAAAUUUGGUAUUUUAAUACUUAGUUUUUUUAUGUUCAUUUAAUACUUUGUUUAGUAUAUGUAUUUAUUAAUUAGACAUUUUUAUAUAUAUGGAGUCCUUACGAAGUUAUGUUUCAAAACAUUUGACGUUUUGAGAAGUUGCAAAGGUAAAUAAAGUAGCUGAUAGCCU